AUGACUACUAUGCUCUGCAAGAAUAACCAUCAAGGACAAUCUCCUUUUGUCGCCGCAGAAGAGGAAGCCAGUCAUCUCACACUGGAGGAUGCGUCAAAGAUGCUUAGCGACGACAAGAAAAGAUACAACCUUCCCGUCGAUCCUGUCGAAUCCUCAUCCUCUUCCGAUAAUACUACCUUGGACUUUCAUGUUGCCAUCUUUGGUCUCAUGGCAGGAGUCGUUUUUGGCUUCAUUUUGGCCAUGAAAAUGAGUCAUGCUGCUGCUGAAUCAUCAUCAUCAUCCUCCUCCUCCUCCUUGUACCUUCACAAGCCAAUCAUGCCCCAACCAUCACCAAGUCAACCAUUCAACGAGGAGUUCUGCCAGCGAUCCGACCAUGUUUCGUCUUCUGUGGCUGAUCCCUCCGCAUGGCGAUCAUCGUCUUGCCCACAAAAUGAGACUACUACAGCAGCAACCACCACCACUACUACUACCAAGAAUGUCUUUUCGGAAUCUUCCGGCGCUGGUUCUGGCGGUGGUGCUAUCAGUGACUAUUAUCAAUCAUUGUUGGAAGAAAUGGAGCCACCACGAUACAGUAUCGACGGUCUCAUUUAUUCUAUGUACCACACCUUUUUGGGAUCCUGGUAG